AUCUGUUAAAAAAUAGCGUAGGUUGGCAGGGUCUAUAUUGCUUAAAAAAUAUGAAACAAUACACGAUACCUAUAGUUAUCUGUCAAUAAAAAUGUUUGUUACAAUAUCUAGCUCAACCACACCACACGUACUAGAAAGACGAGGCACAUGUACCGCAUCAAAUACAAAAUCUCUGUUACUUGAGGUGCUCAAGGUCGUGUUGGCAACACAGUGGCAAUUUCAACUAAUUGGUGACUUUUGCACUAUUUUCAGUUAAAAUACUUAUUAUUGGAAGGCGCUUUUAAGGAGUUUAACUCUCUAGAGCCCGAUGUCUUUGAUCAGCGAGGUCGGGUCCUCUUUGCGUAAAUAUGUUUUUGAAAAACUUUCCAAAACACCCGGAUGGAAGGUUUUGAUUAUGGAUGAUGCUGCCACACGUGUAUUAUCAUCAUGUUUCAAGAUGCAAGAUAUAACUGAGUACGGUAUAACUCUUGUAGAAUCUCUAAACUGCAAGCGUCAGAAACUAAAUAUGCAUGCAAUAUAUAUCAUGAGGCCCCGAAGAGCAGAAAUAGAAUUGCUUUUACAAGACUUUCCUGAAUCAAAUCCAACUUAUUCCGCUGCGCAUGUUUUCUUUUUGUCUUCUUGUCCGAACGAUUUACUUAAUCAGAUAAUUGCUUCCCAAGCAGUCCGACGUAUUAUGAAUAUGAUUCAAUUGUCAGUGGAUUUUAUUCCCUUGGAAUCUCAUCUGUAUUCACUAGAAGCCACGGAAAGUGCUCAACUUUACUUUUUGCCAUCAGAUAUUGUUCAUGACAAACUCAGUCGAAUCGACCAGAUUGCAGAACAACUUGCUUCUGUUUGCAUAACUUUGCAAGAGUAUCCAAAAAUUUGUUACCAAAAGACAGAGAGUAACCUCGAAUUGGCCCGUCUUGUGCAAGUGAAAUUAGAUACCUAUAAGAGCGACAACCCAAUUUUGGGUCAGGGCUCACAUAAAGAUCAAAGUCUUUUGUUGAUUGUUGACCGAAGUUUGGAUCCCGUUACUCCUCUUUUGCAUGAAUUAACAUUACAGGCUAUGUGCUAUGAUUUGCUCACUGUGGAGGAAAACACAAUUGAGUAUAGUGGAAAUCGCAAAGCAAAUGUUGCUGAUGGCGAUGCACUGUGGAAAGAAUUUCGACAUCAGCAUGUUGCAGAUGUUACGAGGGCACUUCCUCAACGUGUUCGUGAAUUUGCUGAAAGUAAAAAACAAUUUGUUGAAUUCGAAGAAGCUAAUUUGGAUAAUGUUCCAUCAAAAGAAGAUACAAAUAAAAAUACUGUCGAUAUAAGAGAUUUAUCUGAUCUUAUCAAACGUAUGCCACAAUAUCAAACAGAAUCGGCUAGUUAUGCAGCUGCUUAUCAUAUUGUUGAGACUUGUAUGGCUACAUUCAAAAAAGGUGUUGAUAAACUAUGUGAAAUUGAACAAGAUCUUGUGAUGGGUGAGAAUGCAAAAGGAGAACCUAUAACGGAUCCUAUGCGUGUAUUGGUUGAUAUUUUCAAAUACGAUUUUACAACAGUGGAAGAACGUUUACGUCUUUUACUUAUCUUUACUCUUAUAAAAGAGGGAUUUGCAGAAACACACUUAGAUAAACUGUUGGAUUGUGCUCAAGUUGCACGUUCGUUCAAACCACUAUUUGCAAGUCUUUCAUUCAUUAUGAAUGCUCAAUUAAUUCAAUCUGAUCCCGUCACUAUAUCGUUGCCUAAUCAGACAAAUGUCCCACAAUAUCAAUUGGGUAGAUGCGUAUCUCUUCUACGUUUACCACCAAUUCCAAAAGUUAGCCAAUUAUUACAAACAUACCUUCCAGUAAAAAAGAAACGUGUAGAUCGUGUUAAUGCUAGUUCAUAUGCAUUAUCACGAUGGACACCGUAUAUUUUAGAUAUUAUGGAACAAGCUAUUUCGGGUAAGCUGGACAAAUCACGUUUUGGAUUCGUUGUAGCAAAAGGUAUUAAAGAUGUGUUUGGUCUCGGUAAUGCAGUGGAUACUAGUUCUAAGGAUUUUAAAAAGCCUUCCGCACGAUUUCAUGCCAGUGGUGUUUUGUCUGCAGGUCCUUCAGCAUCUGUUAGGUCAUCUAGUCCAAAUCCUGGUUCGGAUCGGAAUACAGCUGCUUCUAUGACUGAACACUGUGGUCCUCGUCUUAUAGUCUUUGUUGUUGGAGGUUUCACGUUAUCAGAAGCCAGAGUGGGUUACCAGUUAACGCAAAGAUGUAAAUAAAGUGAUUGUUCAAUGAAUUUGUUUUCGUAUUACUGUCUAGUCUUGUUUAAAUCAGGUGCAGAAUGUUAAAGGUUUCAAUGUUAUAUCUCAUUCAAAACUGUUGGUCACUUUCAACAACAGCUUAUGAAUUUUGUGUCAAUCUGAGAUGGAUUACUUUUUAACUAAUUAUAAUAAUAAUAAGAAAGUUAAUCAUUUUUAACUUAUUUUGUUAGUGUGUGGAAACCCGUCUUGCAGCUAGUGAUAAGAAUACAAAUAAAAUAAAUACACCUACAACAGAAAAUAUUUCAACAAUCCCAGGUGGAGGAGUUGGUUGGAACUGGGAAGUUGUACUUGGUGGUACACACUUGUUGACACCAAAAAUAUUUCUGGAUAAUCUUGAAGGCAUUGCAAAAAUCAUAAUGCCACCAGUUUCAAGUACACCAAUACCUGAAUCAGUACUUCGUCGUGUCUCAAUUAUGAAUCCUUUUCGAGGGUGAAUUAUUGUAGCCAUUAUUUAGUCCAUAACAAUUGGAUUUGGGCUAUUCUCGACUACUCCAUGAUUGACAUGUCAUUAUCAGUUAUAAUUAUUUGCAAUAAGUCUGUAAUUUUUUUAUUACCGAGACUACAUUCCAUAAUAUCUAUUUUUGCUUAUCAACUGUGAUUUUCUUCUACUGUAGAAGACUAUUAUUGUUAUUAAUCUUUUCUGUGUUAACAUAUCUCAAUGAGAAAGCUGUCCAUGUCAUUUGUAAUCUCUCUUUUUUUCAAAAAAAUGGAAUAACAAUUGAUCUAACAACUAUUUUUUUUUUUCUAAAUUUAAUUUUUGAAACUCCUGAAAGAUGUCCAUGUGCAAACAUUCACUAGCUUGAUAUAAUGAUGUUCGUUUUUACUGAAUCUAUUUUUUUCUAUUGUAACUUGGUGUGUAUGUGUGAAUGACCAGAAAUAUUGCCUUAAAUUACAUUGUGAUACAUUGAUUUUAUUAGACGAGAAUUUGUUUGUUAUUUUACUGGGAACUCACCAGCUAGAAGCUUUUGUUGAUUUGAUAAGUGUAUCUCAAGUCACCUCGAAACACUGAAGAAUUCCUCCUUGAAAUGUUACUUCCUGUAUUACAAGCAAUAUUUAUACGAAUGGGUCAUGAAAAUAAACAACAAUAAGACUUUAUUACUAGUAAGAGAAUAAGUAUGAAAACACGUAAUUCGUCAUCGUUUGUCUUACCGAUGUUUACAAAGUGAUCAAAGAUCAUAUAUAUCUGGCACUUUCAUUUAGUAUCUGUUAGUUCCUCGCUAUCUUGUGUCAAAUCUUCCCUUCAUUGUGAACACCUGUAUGAUUCUAAUAAUUCUAGGUAAUAUUUCCCGCUGGUACAUUUGUUCAGCCUUUUUUGAAUUUAGUAUGUCCAUGCGAAAAGAAGAGACGGAAAACACUACCUUCGGAUAUACAGUCGAUAACUGUUGAUUAAUUCUUUUUGAAAUUUCGUUUUUGUCACUCCAGCUUAUAAGUACCAUGUACCAAAUUUAACUUUCGGUAAUUGUCUGAAAUUAUAAUAACAUCAAUUCUCCAAUUCAUUCUUAUUAUGAGAAUCUGGUAGGUUUGACUAG